CCGAGGUGAAAAUUUCGGUGGUCGUACACUCGUACACCACGUUACCUUACUAGUAUCAUAGUACCGUGGGUGGCACCGAACUGAGUGGCGACCCUCAGCGAAACCAUUGAUCCGCCUUCACAAACCUUGUUUCGUGACAAUCAAAUCAACACUAAACUUCAAUAAUAUGUCGAGUCGCUGGAACGAAGCCAGAGAGCGCAGAUACCAAUAUCAACGACAAGAGAGCUCGAGGCGAGAGGUGCAGAUCAAGGUCCCAAAAGAUGCUUGCGGUCUCAUUGUAGGAAAGGGAGGUCGAAACGUCAAAGAGCUCCAGCGUCAUGAAGGUAUCCGAUACAUCAAAGUGGAUUUCAGCACUGCCACAGUUAAAAUCGUUGGCACUGAGGAAGGCAUCGCAGCUGCGCAACGGCGUAUCGACCAAGCGGUGUGCAUUGCCGUCAACAGUGCUUCAUACUUUCCAGAAAGGACUAUGACUUGCUUGCAAACUGAAAGUGGAGUCGUCAAAGUCAGAUUCAAUCAUACUGCCUCUUUCAAAGGCGAAAAGAAGUUUGGAGGAGUCCGUUUAGAGCAGUUGGAUGUUCAUCGUGACUACUAUGUGAUUCAAUCUGUUGGUGACAGCAACAACAACGACGGCGACAAAACCAAAGACUCAGCUAUAGUCGAUGUAACAGAAAUGGACAAGGAAGGGAUCAUCCCAGGAUAUAGCUCUGAAAUAUACACGAAAUUUCUGGAGGAGGUAUUAAGAGACAACGCGGAAGCCCUGGCUGAGGCUUCGGCUUGCACAUCCAUCGGAGUGAACUUCGGGAAGACCUUUCUCAGUUCAAUUCCCGACGAGGCGCAGGAUGUCUCUCUUUGCGUGGAGGACAUCAGCGGCUUGAGUUAUGGGAAGCAGGGCAUUCGUCCAGAGUUCGUACGACACUUUCAUUUGUCAUGCCGAGACCUGCUGUUGACAGCGGUCCUUGACGACUACGUCCCGAUGGAAUCUGGGAAGGUCGCUGUCAUUCACUGCAUAAGCCGACAGACGAAGAAGCGGUACACUAUCAAGCUCAAGUAUCGCAAGGAUGGAGAAGCUGACAAUAAUGUCUUCGCUGUGAUUAAGGAGACUGCGGAAGCGAAGUCGCUUUUUGAAGUGCUAGGAGUCGACGACAGCAGUCGAACGUCCACGAGAGAUAUUGAGACUGCAUUUCAGUGGAAAAGGCAAGCCAUUUGUAACCCGCAGACAAAAAGCCAUCCGCAAUCGGGACAAGCGAUGGAGCUCCUAAACGAAGCUCGCAGAAUUCUUUCUGAUGACAACAGUCGAGCAUCAUACAGAGCCUUACCCGCUUCGAGAAUGAUACCGCGGAAUCGCUUCGUGUACAGUGAUUCGAAAGACAAGAAGGCGGCCUUCCCAGAAAUUCUAGAAUUCCGGAGCAAGGUCAGGAAGCUGGGGCUGCUGACUUUUCUGGGGAUUGCCUCUCGGACUGAGUUUCGCACAACGAUCGAGGUCGAGAAGGACGAAGCUGUUGAACUGGCUGUGAGAAAGAAACUCCAGGAAGCAUGGGACGGCGAUACCUUCAACUUCCAAGAAGGAACCGAUGAUUGGCUUAUCGUUGAGACCGUCAGGUAUAAGUACAACGAGAAAUAUAGCAACGGCAAGUUCACGCUCUCAAUCGACAAAACGAAGGAGGAACACUUCGGCAAAGUCAUGGAUGGCGUCAACUUUUCUUUGAAAAGCGAUGCCGUCAGUGACGCACUCGACCGUCUAGCAACAUUUGGAGACGACCCAGGCACAAUUGAUGAUCUCACACUGUCUCUGCGAAGUCUUCAGGACGAGGCGGAGAAGCUUUCGAAUCUUCUUUCUGAGGUCUAAAAGCCCCGGUUCGACGUGGCGCAGCCACUGCAGUAACCCAUCCGACCAAGCCCGCGCUUUAAUUUGCGCCGGACGGCACUCGUCGUGAAAAUCCAUAUGUCGUAUUGGACAGUUUUAAAAUAGCAAAGAAAGUCUAUCUCACAA